AUGGUGUCCAAGCUGGCUGGGGAGAUGAUCUUGGUCAGGAAUGUGGACAAGUUCUGCCAAGCAGCACUCCGGGCCUUCCAGCAUGGCGCUGCCGAGACCUACAGCAUGACUGGCAGCUACCGCCUGACCACUCUGGUCAAUCAUCUUGCGCCGGACUGUCGCAGGCAAACGUAUUCCGACUGGUAUGCCACGGUGGCGGCGCGGUGUCAGAGCUCUGACGGCCCUUUGGCUGCCCUCCUACCCCACCUCCAGGCUGAGCAUCCGCCCUUCACCUCAUUUCACCAGGAGCUGUCAGCAAAGUGCAGGCAGGUGCUUGGCGACCAGCUGGCCGAUGAGCUCCGGGAGGUCUCCGGCUAUGCAGCUUUCGCGCGAGCCCUGGACUCGCCUGCCGAGCCAUGCCUUGCCGCCGCAUCAUCACUUGUGCCGGAUGGAGACCGUGCCCUUCGCCUGGGUUGCCCGAUCGACUCCCUGACUCGCCCGGGCUUCGGCGAAAAGGCCUCGAGGACGUGCGGCGGCUGUGCUGCGGGACAAAAAGGUCUGCCAGAGCCCACUGUGCCAUCCGGAGUGCAGGUGAAGAAGCUUCCCUGCGCUUCUGGACAGUUCUUCGGCCGCCUGAUGCAACGGGGCAUCAAGAGCCAAAUUGGCCAAAUUGUAGGUCGCUUUGUGGAAGACGUGUUCAGGGUUCAGGUUAGAUGUGCCCACAUGCCAUCAACCUUCGCUUUAAAGUGCGGCUCGCCCAUUAUCGGCGAAGAGCUCGGGCGGCAGAGCGUGAAGAAUUCGGACGUGAUCGGGACGCCAGGUGCCACGCGUUUCUCCUUCUUCAAGGAGACAACCCUAAAGCCCUUGAGCCUGUGA